UGUCCAAAGCUCGUCCACCAUAGCAGAGUGACUGGCAAGACUAGUUGCCAGAGAGUGUGAUCGUGUUGCCAGGAAAUUCGCUGAAAUCAAAUUUGUGAGGAAGUCAACUCAUUCUUUAUUUAUUUGAAUCAACCCAACUGCGCAUCAAGUUUAGUUCUUAUUUCAGUUCUAAAGGACAGUUCCCUUGUUCCACAGCUUUUGUUAAGAAGUUCGUGUUUAUCGCGGCAUUGUUUCUGGUCAUUUGCCGGUUUAUAUUAACUUUCAUACAGUGUGAAAGUCGCGCGCUCUGUCUCUGUUUUUAUUCCCACACGCGCGUCGCUCAUCACGCGCACUUUGAUACAUCGUAACAAUUUCUCGCUUUUCGCGAAAAUGGCCGCAACUACGUUCGAAAUGGACGGAAGUGUAAUGGAAGGGGGGGGACAGAUUUUGAGGGUGUCUGCGGCGAUGAGCUGCAUCCAAGGGGCGUCAAUCAAAAUAAAUAAAAUCCGAGCGGGUAGAAGCACCCCGGGUUUGAGGCCUCAGCAUCUGUCAGGUCUCGAACUGGUGAGAGACAUGUGCAACGGCAAUCUGGAGGGAGCCACAGUGGGAUCCUCUGAAAUUACCCUCACUCCUGGGAAAAUUAAGGGUGGGAAUCACAUCGCUGACACUCAGACGGCCGGAAGCGUGGGACUGCUGAUGCAGGUAUCGCUGCCGUGCGCCCUGUUUGCUCAUGGUCCGUCCGAGCUGUGCCUGAAGGGAGGAACCAAUGCUGAGAUGGCACCUCAGAUCGACUACACAAUGAAGGUCUUCAAACCAAUCAUGGAGAGAUUCGGAGUUCACUUUGACUGCGAUUUAAGAAUGAGAGGUUACUAUCCUAAGGGAGGUGGUGAGGUGGUGAUCAAGGUGAACCCUGUGAAGGAACUGAGUCCCAUCAACUUGACCGAAAGAGGAAACAUCACCAAGAUCUAUGGAAGGGCCUUUGUUGCUGGAGUACUGCCCUUCAAGUUGGCGAAGGACAUGUCCACGGCAGCGGUUCGCACUAUCAGGAAAGAAAUUAAGGACCUUUACAUCAACAUUCAGUCUCUGCAAGAGAAGGACAAGGCCUGUGGAAAUGGCAACGGGAUCAUAAUAAUUGCAGAAUCAUCCACCGGCUGCAUAUUUGCAGGGUCAGCUCUUGGCAAAAAAGGCGUAUAUGCUGACAAAGUUGGCAUCGAGGCUGCUGAAAUGUUGCUAAGGAACAUCAGACACAAUGGUUGCGUGGAUGAGUUCUUGCAAGACCAGCUUAUUAUUUUCAUGGCCUUGGCGAACGGCACAUCCAGAAUGCGAACGGGCCCGGUCACCCUCCACACGCAAACGGCAAUCCACGUCGCUGAGCUGCUCACGAACGCGAAAUUUGUUAUACGCAAAGCAGAGGAUGAGCCAGGCAACACCGACACCUACAUUAUCGAGUGCCAGGGAGUGGGCACAACCAAUCCUGGCUUGUAAACGCACAGAUCCGUCGUCCUUGGCUUGUCCCCAGCCGAGAUAAGGAGGACUUGUAGCAGAGACACACUACUACUGUAACCGACUGGAUGACGUAAAGAUUACUUCAUUAUCUUUACGUUCUUUUCGGUUACAGAUUAGCUUUUUUUGCGCUGACCACCAGGUCAGUACA